AUGUUUGAACAUGUGUCUUUGACUGUCCACGAGGCCUUUUCUGGCAUCGCCGGGAGCAUUUCGCUGGCUUGCUGGAUCUUCCUGCUGGUGCCUCAACUGAUUGAGAACUACCGUCAAUCUUCUGCAGACGGCAUCUCCAUCACUUUCCUGCUAGUAUGGAUGGCCGGCGACAUCACCAACCUUGCCGGCGCUCUUUGGGCUGAUCUCGUGCCCACCGUCAUCGCUCUCGCUAUUUAUUUCUGUUUCGCAGACGCCGUCCUGUUGUCGCAAUGCUUCUACUACAACACCUUGAACGCCCGUCGCGAACGCAAACGCUCUAUCGCCGCCGCCGAGAACCAUGUCGUUGACGAGAGUGCCCCUUUGCUCGCUGAGCAACAAGAUAACCUUGGUCUGCCUGGUAGUAGAAGACGCAGCAGUGCUGCCAGUCGCAGACGCACUAGAAGCAGUGCUGAGCGAAGCAAUAGCCUUGCCAACAUUCUGGAGGAGGGACAAGGAUCCACUGCUUGGCUGAAGAACACUCUCAGUGUUGCAAUAAUUCUCAUUGCUGGAGCCGCAGGAUGGGCUAUUGCUUGGAGGGCUGGCGCAUGGAAGCCAACCCCUGAGAAUGCCUCUGAUGGUGGCAGACACAUGCCCGUCGGUGCUGAGGUCCUUGGCUACGCGAGCGCCGUAUGCUACUUGGGUGCUCGCAUCCCUCAGAUUAUCAAGAAUCAUCGCGAGAAAUCUUGCGAAGGCUUGUCGUUGUUGUUCUUUUUGCUCUCGCUGAUGGGAAAUCUCACUUACGGUGCAGGGAUCCUGCUGCAUUCUGUUGAGAAACAGUACUUCCUCAAGAACCUGCCUUGGCUUAUUGGGUCUCUCGGAACCAUUUUCGAAGAUGCCGUCAUCUUCAUGCAAUUUCACAUGUACGGCGAGAAAACAUCGGCUAUCGAGUGA